AAUUGCAACAACAAAGCUUUCAUGGCUAUUGGCAUGCACUAUCAACUCAUCAACACUUUCUGUUUGAAUAAAGACACAAACAAGAAACCAAAUCGAAAACAACAAACUCAAUUCACACAACUCUCCUUCCCCAAAUCAUCUCCAACCCAGCUUCUUCUUACACACCAAAACCCUUCAACACAGACCAAACUUGAAGCACUUUACAACGUUGUACAAGACCUCGAAACCUCUGUAAAAAACGGCAUAAACAUCGAUGAUCCCCGUAUAUUCUCUUCACUUCUUGAAACCUGCUAUCGGUUACAAGCAAUCGAACUCGGUAUCCGGAUCCAUAGAGUAAUACCCACCAAACUUUUACGUAGAAACGCGGGUGUUUCUUCAAAACUGCUUAGAUUAUAUGCGUCAAACGGGUAUAUGGAGGAUGCACACCAGGUGUUUGACGUAAUGUAUGUGAGAAACUCUUCUGCUUUUGUUUGGAAUUCGCUUAUAUCCGGUUAUUCCGAAAUGGGUUUGUAUGAUGAUGCAUUGGCAUUGUAUUUCCAAAUGAUUGAAGAGGGUGUAGAGCCCGACGGGUUCACGUUUCCGCGUGUGCUUAAAGCGUGUGGUGGCAUGGGUUUGAUUCGUGUCGGUCAGGAAGUUCAUCGUGAGAUAAUUCGACGAGGGUAUGCGAAUGAUCGGUUUGUGCUUAAUGGGUUGGUUGGUAUGUACGCGAAGUGUGGUGACAUUAUGAUGGCGCGUAAAAUGUUUGAUAAAAUUGUUUUAAAAGAUAUAGUUUCGUGGAAUUCGAUGCUUGCUGGUUUUGUUAAACACGAUAUGUUAUUCGACGCGUUGGUGACUUUUCGACAAAUGAUGUUAGACGGGUUUGAGCCAGACGCGGUUUCUAUUUCCACAAUUCUUACACCCGGGCUGCCCGAAAAACUUGUGGCGGAGAUUCACGCAUGGGUUAUUCGUAAAGGAACCGAAUGGAAUUUACCGAUUGCGAAUUCGCUUAUUUACGUUUACUCGAAUAAUGGCAGGUUGGACAGAGCAAGACAGGUGUUCGAUCAAAUGCCUGAGAGAGAUUUGGUUUCGUGGAACAGCAUUAUAUCAGUGCACAACAAACACCCGAAUGCCCUUAUGUACUUCCAGCUUAUGUUGAGCGCGAACAUGUCCCCCGACACGAUUACAUUCGUUUCGGUAUUAACAGCGUGUGCUCAUUUGAGAUUGGUAAAAGAGGGUGAAAGAUUGUUUUCUACGAUGACGGAUAAAUAUGGAAUAAAUCCAAGUAUGGAACACUAUGCAUGUCUGGUGAAUCUUUAUGGUCGAGCCGGAUUGAUAGUCGAAGCUUACAAAGUGAUCACGGAUAAAAUGAAACUCAAAGCUGGUCCGACAGUUUGGGGAGCGUUAUUACAUGCUUGUUAUGUUCACGGGAAUGUAGAAAUCGGGGAAAUUGCUGCGGAGAAUCUGUUCGAGUUGGAGCCUGAUAACAACCAUAAUUUCAAGCUUUUGAUGCAGAUUUAUGGUGAAGCGGGUCGUGUGGAAGAUGUGGAAAGAGUUAGAACAAUGAUGGUGAGCCGAGGAUUCGACUUGUAAAGAAUUAAUAAGCUUAUUACUCAUCUUAUAGUAUGAAACGUAUGAGUGUGACAAAUUCAAGAUGAUGAUAACAAAUUUGUUACUCAUCUCAAAAAUGUUUACUCGUUUUCUAUUAAUUAAAACGACGAACCGGUUAUAGUA